GCGGCGCCUCAGGCCGCGGGGAGGGGCCCUGGCCUCCGUCUAUUGUGCGGCUUCUGCCGCGGCUCCGUCGCUGCCUGAAAAACCCUCCACCAUCCGCUGCUUCCCCUCGAACUCGUUUCGGCUCCGCUGCUCCUCCGCACCUCGCGGAAGGCGGCGCGAGUACCGGAUUUCACCGUUUGGGAGCCGCCGUGGGGUGUUUUGCUCAGGCGUUCGCGGCGGGCAGCCCGGGCGUUGCGAGGCGGCGAGAGGCGGGUCCUUCCCCCCCAUCCCCCGCUCGGUAUAAGAGCGCCGCCGCAGUCAGGCCCGAGCGCCGCCGCCGCCUCCUCACGGUCCGUUCGCGGAGCCGCUGCCGCCGCCUCACGAUGCCUUCAAUUAAACUGCAGAGUUCAGAUGGAGAAAUCUUCGAAGUUGAUGUGGAAAUUGCAAAACAGUCUGUGACUAUAAAGACUAUGCUGGAAGAUUUGGGAAUGGAUGAUGAAGGUGAUGAUGACCCAGUCCCUCUUCCAAAUGUUAAUGCAGCCAUCUUAAAAAAGGUGAUUCAGUGGUGCACCCAUCACAAGGAUGAUCCACCUCCUCCUGAGGAUGAUGAGAACAAAGAAAAGAGAACAGAUGACAUCCCUGUGUGGGAUCAAGAGUUUCUGAAAGUAGACCAAGGAACACUUUUCGAACUUAUCCUGGCUGCAAAUUACUUGGACAUCAAAGGUUUGCUGGAUGUCACAUGCAAGACAGUGGCAAACAUGAUCAAGGGGAAAACUCCAGAAGAAAUUCGCAAGACAUUCAAUAUUAAGAAUGACUUCACUGAAGAGGAAGAAGCACAGGUACGUAAGGAGAACCAGUGGUGUGAAGAGAAAUGAAGUAUUGUGCCUGACACUCGAACACUGUAAGGAUUGUUCCAAAUACUAGUUGCACUGCCCUGUUCAUAAUUGUUAAUAUUAGACAAAUGCAGCAGCAAAUGAAGUUGUGUUAGCAGGAUGUUGUUCCCUUUGCAUGUGUAGUGUUUUUUUUGAGUACAGAUCUAGAUCUCUGAGUUUUUACUAGUGUAAUUGGAUGUCUUUUUACUUUGCAAUGAAUAAAACUGAACUAAGUGUGGAUUCUGUAUGGGAAGUAGCACUUAAGGUUAUCAUCUUCAUUACACUUUUAAACUGUUGAAGUCCAGAUAUAGUGCUAAGGAUUGACUCUGUUGUAAAUAAAAACAUCUAUGACUUCCUCCUCAAGAAGAGCAAAACACAUGUAUUUACAGGGUAUUGAUAACUUCAGAAAGAAAAAUAAACCAGAAUGUGUCUUGGGGAACUAGAUAAUAUAAAAAAGUUACUGGAUUUCUUACAAAAGCAUUGUGGAAAAAAGUUAAGUGUUACUUAAAGCUAUAUAAUUUUCAAGAUGGUUCUUGUCCUGCAUUUAAAAAAAAUUAAAUAUUUGACCACUUUCUUGUCCUUUUAGUCUUGCCUUAUAGACUAGUGAAAAUGUGAUUUAGAACUGAACAAGCUCCUGACAGUUAAGUUUGAAUACUUCAGCCAUGUCUUGAAGACCUGCCUCUAGGUGAUAGCAAAUAAAGUGUGUUGCUUUAUGCACAGGAUGGGUGUGUUUUUAUAAUUGUUACUGUUUCAAGUGGAAUCCAGAUUUGACCAAAAAUGACUGACAUUACCAAAGUUAAUAUUAUUGACCUGUGCAUGCUAUUAGUGGCUGGUUUUUAGGCAGUUUGAAAGACCCUUGUGAUGUAGCUCUUGGAAACAUGGUUUCAUGUGUCCACAGGAAAUCUUAUGCCUCUGUAUGUGAUACUUCAGCUUGUAGAGACUUAAUUAUUGCAUACAAAGCUAAUGCAAUAUCAAGCUUAACUUCUUUGGACAAAGCCACUUGCAACUAGUUAAACAGUAACUGGUUUUCUGAUUUUUUUUUUUUUUUACAGUUCCCUUAUAGGGAGUAGGGGGAUGGUUGUGUGGUAGAUCUUUGAGGUGUGCUCUUAGCUUGUAUUGCAUUCCAUUCUCUGUAUAAACCUUAGAGUAGAAUGAACCUUAAUAAACAUACUUAUCUCACUUGAAAUAUUGGUGUUUCACUUCUGAAUUAAUAAAGGGCUUUUAAACUUUUGUUUGCAAA